UACUAACAGUAACAGACCAUCCAACGGACCUACCCUGUCUCCAGUACGGAGCUGAAAUGGCAUAUGAGAGGAGGCUCCCCACACUGUUACUCACUUUUAUCCUCUGCUUCUCACCAUGGCCCACCUCUGGAAAUAAGUUCUUCAGCCACCGUGGUCAACAAUGCCUUGAUCCAUGUGAGCUUCAGGGCUAUCCGCAACUUUACCAGUGCAAAGUACGCAUGAAAGAUGGCAACGAAGAACAUCAAUACUGCUCGCCGAGGAGGAAUGUGGACUACAGGGGUUACGAAUGCCUUAAUUGCUGUGAGGAACAUGGCUAUAACUACCACUGGUGUACAACAAACUCGGGUUGGGGAUACUGUGGAGAAGUGGUUGGGGACAUGACGCAUUACACCUCCACGUAUGAUCUGCAGUGUCAAGAUGGCUGUGAACGGCGAAGUAGCGACUACUACUGGUGCUAUACCGCAAAGGGGUAUGAUUACUGUUCACCGAGUCAGAAUGUCGAUUACAAAGGCAACGUCUGUCAAAAAGAUUAUCCCUGUGACAAAUACGGGAAAGAUUACUACUGGUGUUACUUGGAGAAAGGAAGCUGGGACAAAUGUGCAAGAGUGGAGAUAAAGGCAAUGAUUUAUCAAACCAUAAAUAAGGAAGACUGCAUUGAUGACUGUAAGUAUCAUGAGUCUAAGGGUUACUUCUGGUGCAAUAAGAGAGAGAGCUGGGACUACUGCUCACCUUUAUCAGACAUCACCUACAAAAAUGUGCCUUGUCGCCAAAAUCACGAGUGCGGCGCCCAUGGCCAGCAAUAUACCUGGUGCUACACAACAGAGAACAAUAACUGGGAUUACUGUGGAGUUAUUCUUCCUGGAGAGUGCAGUUAUUCGCAGUCCCAGCGCACCAAACGGUCUCCUAAUGAAGCGGAAGUGAUCUGUACGAAGGAGGACAACAACAACAGAAGAGUGACCACUUUCCUAGCAGAAGCAGCUCCCGGAGACAUUGCCGAAUGCAACAAUAGGUUACGCGCCGAAGCGGUAAAUUUAAUUAACAGGUGGGACAACCAGAGGUUGAGCGACCAGGCCAGAUCCAACCUGCUUGUGUCGGAUAAUCUUCGCAUUGACCUGCAGAGAUUGUUCGUGAGGAAUAAUCAGCAGUAUUACAACCUGCAAAUCCAGCGGAACAUACCACGAGGCAGGCACCAAAGCACCACUAUAUCACAGAUCCUAGUUCCUGUAGGCACUUCGUCUGAGUACAUGCGUUUUGCCUUCAGGGAGAGUUUAACGCGCCGGGCGAGGAUUACGUUAGAAGUAACCGAACAACCAAUCACCCAAAGGUGUCAGAGACGACGUCCAUAAUAACAUCAGUCAAACAUAUGUAGCUAAUGAUUAUGUAGUUAAUUAGGUGGUGGUGAUGAUGUGAAGAACAUGAAGGAGACUCCGCUGACACCGUCUUGAUUGCAUAUUAAGGUUUAUUACAAAGAAGUACAGCGUCAAAUCAAGCACCUGCAAGUCUGCUCGUGAGAGGAUGUGAAGCCAAUGAACCGCUCUGAAAACCGGCCUUGACCACCGACUCUUAAAAAGGGCCGUUGUCUUCCUAAGAAAUGUCACUGACGUAUGGUUUCAAUCACAAAGCGUUAACUCCCUGCUCAGACUGGGAGGCCUCCUCCGAGGUCCCCCCGACCUUGGGCCUCUAUGAUAACACAUAAAUUGAUCUCACAUGUCAACUUUCGGCAGAACGAGUAAGUCGGCAUGAAGCUCUCCAUGAGUAAACUUUUCGUCUUUUUCAGUUGAUCAAUUAGUCACUCAAUACCAGAUGUUUCAUCAGAUAAUGAGCUUGCAUGAUUCUGUUUUCAUUCUUUUGCCAAACGCAAAAAUAAAUAAAUGAAUAAACUUGUGUACCAUUCGUCUAUGAAGAGAACUGUAACCGUUUCUAUUUCAUUUUGUUGUAAUAGUAAAUUAAAUUCACUGUGUAAAUGGAUUUUCAUCAUGAACAGCUUUAGAUACGAAUGGAAUUCUAUGGCUAUUUUAUUUCACACAAUAAUGACCAAUUCUUUAGUGAAAGAGUUCUUUAUACACUAAGCACAUUAUACCAUAUAUGAUGCUGUUCAACAGAUUAAAAUUUUGUAAUUGUACUUUGAAUCAAUGUAUGUCCGAGGAUACAAACAGAAAAACGUAAUUAUGCUAAAUAUGUAAUAAACAUAACAAGUUGUGAA